AUGCCCUUGAGCCUUUCUGCUGGCACCCACAACCCGGCCUGCAGCAAGGAUCGGGCCAGGAUCCUGAUCCGGGAUCAGGAACACAUAGAAAUACCAAUUCCAAAGUAUUUUAUUAAAGAAAACCGGAAAGCCCUGCAAGAGAGAGAGAAACUACUUGCUCAGAUUUUAGUUAAUGCAGGAUUGCAAACACAGAAACCUGUCAAGUGCAUGGAUUUUGAAGAAGCCAUUAGAUUGAUCCAGGUUGCAGAACGGGCUCGUCAAGGCCGUCUUCGAGCUACGUUCAUGAAGCAAAUCUACCUCGAAGAGAAGAGAGAAAGACAAGCUAAACUUCAGGGCAAGACAGGUCCAAAUCCAGAUGAUGCUGCCACUUGCAUUCAAAAGAUUUGGCGUGGAUAUAUCCAGUGCAAGAAAACAGAGAAAAUUGGAGAAGAGGAAAUGAUAUUUCUGGGGAUGUGCCCACCUCCUCAUUUCCAGACAGUAAGUACCUCGAUGCUGCGUGCCAGGGAGGUGAAUAUCCUGCGAGGUGAGGUCCAGGAGAGACAUGAGGAGGACUAUCGGAAAGCCUUGGUACACACCAAAGACAGGCUGAAACAAACGGAGGGGCUCGACAUCAAAGAAAUUCUCCAGGAUCAAAUCCGCCAGUGUUUCAUCGAGUGCCGGAACAUCAUUGGCAAGUUUCCUGACUAUCCUACUGAAGAAGCAGGAGGUUCGGCAGCUACUUUUUCUCAAAAAACACCAGAUCAGGUUGAUGAAGAACUGACUGCCAAAGAAGAGGCUGCUUUACAGAAAAAGCCCAAAAAGGACAAAGAAAAAGAAAAAGGAAAAGGGAAGGAAAAAAAGAAUGAAGAGAAACAGAAAACAGAAAAGAAAGUUAAAGGAGAAGAGGAAGGCUGGAAAAUGGCUCCCAGUAAUUUCCUGCCAGUAAUGGAGGAAGGAAGCAUUCAAUACAACGCCGUUUGGAAUAACAGAGAUGAGGGAUGGAAUUUCCUCCAGGAGCGUGACCCAGAACUGAUCAAACAGGAGAAGCGGGAAGAAGUGGAGAAGGAGAUCAGAGUGCAGGUUGAUGAAGUGAUGCGACAGGAAGUGAAGAAUCUCAAACUGGUUGUGGACAAGGAGCAGAGCGAUGAGCAAAAAAAAGGGAAGAAAAGUGAAAAGAAAAGAGAGAAGACUGGAAAAAAAAAGUUCAGGAUUGACAGAGAUCUGACUCCAAACAGGACCAUCGAUUCUCUGUACAAAGAGCUAGCGGAACGAGGAUUACUAAUAAAAGCCAAGACAGUGAAUCUCUGCGAUUAUGUUGGCGAGUACAGCUACCUGGGGACUGCGCUUCGUCAGGCAGAUGUGGAGCCAAUGCCCUCCCUCUCCGACGUCAGGCAGCUAAUAGCACUGUAUGGAAUAUUGCCAUUAGGCUCCCAAGCAGUCCACGAGAAGGCUCCUUUGGUGAAAGCCAUGUUACUGGCCGGGCCUGCUGGUGUUGGAAAGAAAAUGCUUGUCCAUGCCAUUUGCACAGAAACAGGAGCCAACCUCUUCAACUUAUCAGCUUCCAACAUUGCUGGGAAAUACCCAGGUAGCAGCGGCCUGCAAAUGAUGCUGCACCUGGUGUACAAGGUGGCUAAACAGCUGCAGCCUUCAGUGGUAUGGAUUGGAGAUGCAGAAAAAACAUUUUAUAAAAAAGUGCCAAAGGCUGAAAAAGAGAUUGAUCCAAAACGACUGAAAAGAAUUCUGCCCACAUUCCUCAAGCUUUUGAAAGCAGAGGACAGAGUGUUGCUAGUGGGAACCAGCAGACGCCCUUUUGAUGCUGACCUCAGACCUUUCUGCAAAGUCUACCAAAAAAUCAUUCUGAUUCCUAGGCCUGACUAUGCUUCAAGAUUUGUCUUAUGGAAACAUAUCAUCCUGCAGAAUGGAGGAGUCAUCACCAAAACACUGAACAUAAGCUGCCUAGCCAAGUUAUCCGAUGGCUUCACCCAGGGACACAUCUUCCAGGCUGUGCAAACCGUCCUGAGCGAACGACGCAUGCUGCAGAUGACCAAGAAGCCACUGAGGGCUGUUGAGUUCAUGACUCCUCUGGCCAGACAGGACCCUGUGUACAAAGAGGAAGAAGAAACAUUUAAGGCUUGGUAUUCCAAGACUCCGCUGGGUAAAGCACGAAUCGAAGCACUGGCAGAGAAGGAAGAAGCAGAAAAAGGAAGAGGCAAAGGAAAGGCAAAAGGGAAAAAGAAA